GGAGGGUCGGGGCGCCUGCGCAGUCGCUUUUCCUUAGGCGGCAGCCAUGGCUGGGCAAGAGGACCCGGUACAGCGGGAGAUUCACCAGGACUGGGCGAACCGGGAAUACAUUGAGGUCAUCACCAGUAGCAUCAAGAAGAUUGCGGACUUUCUCAACUCGUUCGAUAUGUCUUGUCGUUCAAGACUCGCAACACUAAAUGAGAAAUUGACAGCCCUUGAACGGAGAAUAGAGUACAUUGAAGCACGGGUGACAAAGGGUGAAACCCUCACCUAGAACUGUGCCAGGCUGCUGCUGGAAGUUGCUUUACAGAGGCAUACGUGGGAAAGGCCCCAGCAGCCUUCAGCUCCUUCUUUCUUUAAAGAGCAGUGUGGCUUAUUCUUGUUUUUCUUUCUUCAAAAAUGUGGCCUUUGGGCUCUGCCAUGUACAUCUGGCAGUGUGAUGUGGCAUGUGGGGAAAAGUCCAGGGGAAAUUUUGAAAUCAUUAGGCAUUUCACCUUUUCAGUAACAUUUUGUAGAACUACUUGUCAAUGUAUUUGAGGCACUCAGAACCAGAAGCCUGGGACUCUUUGUAAAGGUCCUCCCCGACCCUCUCUUUCUCUCUUAGACUUUCCUUACAGCUCUCAUUGCCUCUGCAUUCAUUCUGUGAACAGUCUUUGUCUCCUUUCCACCUUUGUUGGGGGUAGGAGACAGUCCUGGCUGAGACACUCAUGCCCUGGCAAGAUGGCUGCCAGAGAAUGUUGCUGACUCACCAGUUUAUUGUUCUUUUGGGGAGGUCAAGACCAGGCCCCCACUUGGCUUGAAGGGACAUUUUCAGAAUUUUUUUUUCUGUCACUUGAGGUGUCUUUGCCUGUCAUAUUUCCUUAAUAAACUCCUCGACUUUAUCUGACUGCUGUGAUUGUGCUGGGGAGAGGAGCUAGAGCUGGGGCUCACCUAUUCUACAGAAAUCUGAUGUGUAGGAUUGUUAUCUUAACAUAAAACUUUCAGGUGUAGCUGUUUGAUCAAAGCCUAGGUGGGUUUCCAGCUGGAGCCCCCAUAUUUGGACUUUGAGCUGACUAAUUCAUUCUAGAAGUCAUUUGGUCAUUCAGCAGACAUUUACCAAGUGUUUACUAUGUAGGUACAUUGUGCUUCAGUAAAAGAUACAGCAUUGAA